AGCUUCUCACAGCAUUUGAUUCUGUUAGAUCCCACAACACUUCACCUCUACGUUUUUGCAAAAAUGCAGUCUCCAGAUAUCGAAAAAGCCUGUAAGUAGUGCCUCGACAUGCUCUUCACAUUUGCAACGCCCAAAAAGUCCUCGCAGGGUCACUGAGGUCACCCAGCCUGUUCUUCAAAGUUAGCUAACAGCCACAGACCUCGCAAAACACCCACCAACAGAGCAAAAUAACCAAGACUUGAGCCGCAUCACACCGGCCAGCUCCGUCAUGCCACCAAAAGAAAAUAUCGGAGAGAGGGUGACGCAGUCACAGCAGUGCAGAAUACUGCUAUCAACGUCCUUGGUGGCGUUCACAGUCUUAGGCUUCGUACAAUCAUUUGGCGUGUUCCAGGCGCACUAUGGACGCAUAGAAGCCGUGCGCGAUGGUGUACUCCAACAAGACGAGAUGACGAGACGGGCUCUGAUCUCAUCGAUCGGCUCUCUGGGAAACGGAGGUCUCGUCGCCGUCUUUGGUGUGUUUUAUUAUCCGCACCUGCCGCGGAUAGGGAGGCAUAUCCGAACAUUUUGCUUUGUCGGAACUACUUUCAUCACGUUCGGUCUGGCAAUGGCAGCUGCAAGCCACAGUAUAUGGGUUCUGUUUGGCUGCCAGGGCAUUCUCGUCGGGCUUGGGUCGGGCGUAUUAAACUACAUUCUUUCGCCCAUCCUUCCCGAGUACUUCCCACGGCGAAGUGGGCUUGCGCAAGGGACCAUGUACGCAGCUGCUGCUUUGGGCGGGACGACGUUCUCCUUUGCAAUAACAGGCCUUUUGGAGAAGGUCGGCACAAGAUCAACACUCGGAAUCUUGGCUGUUUGCAGUUCCGUGCUCUUAUCCGUCGCCAGUGCACUAGCCCUUCCGCCUCGAAAAUUCGAAAAGCGGAGUACAGAAAUGGUCGGCUGGAGGGCCUUCAAAGACCCUUUAUUUACCUCUCUUGCGCUGGUGAACCUCAUACACCCGCUGACGCUGGCAAUCCCGAUGACCUUUGGGCCCGCAUUUUCACAAGCUUUGGGUACUAGUGUCAAGCAGGCUUCGUAUUUGCUGGCUCUCAAUAGCGGCAUAGGGAUCCCAUCGAGACUAGGUGCUGGUGCCCUCGCAGACAAAAUCGGACAUCAAAACACGCUGAUGAUAGCUACUGCCGUGUACGCCUUAGCAACAUGGGCGCUCUGGCUUCCUUCAGCCCUGACGGGCAAGCUGGGACUGUAUAUCGGCAUGAGCGUUUGUCAUGGUCUCAUCAACGGAGUAUUUAACACCGUGAUGAAUUCGGCACAGAAAGAGAUGUUUGGCGAUGAGAUGUACUAUCCCAAGAACGGUGCGAUGACUUCCAUCAGAGGGGUAGGAUAUGUCGUAGGCGUUCCUAUCGCAGGCGCUUUGGUGUCCAAAGUAGCCGACAAGCACCUGAGUGGCAGGGACUUUACCAAGCCCAUCGUCUAUACAGCUGCCUUGUUGACUAUCUCUUUUAUAUGUCUUUUGAACGUUCGACGGAUAGACGCGAAAAAUGUUGGGUGGAAACGGGCUCGCUGAGGAUGGAUUGGGGGUGUGGCAGAAGCAUGUUGUGGAGGAUAGACUGCUGGCCAGUUUGACUGGGUUGCUGCUUUGACAGGCUCAAAGAUCUCCCGUAGUACACCUACACAAAGAGAUUAAACACACUCUACUGUGCCAUCCUGCAUCGUGCCUUUCUCAUGUUUGUCGCCAGGGAGUUCAUGUCCGUAUCGCUGAUGGGAGCAUUCUACGUGAUAGUAUAGACG